AAAAAAAAAAAAGCCAUCAACCCUCCAGCGCCUUCCCAAUCAGCGCCUUUGCCCGCUCGCUCAGGUCCAUCUGCAGCGCCAGCGCGCGGCCCUCGGCGCUCAUCUUGGCCCACGUCUUCCUCAGGAUCCCGACCACCUUGUCCUCGUCGAGCUCGGGCUUGCUCUCGAACCCGUCGAACUGGUCGUCGAGGAAGACGAGGCAGGCCACGUCCUCGAGCGCCUGCGCCUCGCCGUCGCUGCCCAGGUUCUCCUUGCGGAUCAGCGCCGCCACCCGGUCCACGUCGGCCGGCGAGAUGGCCCCGCCGCCGCCGCCGCCGCCGUCGCCCGAGGACGCCGACAGCAACUCGGCCACCUGGGCCGCUGCCUGCGCCUUGAGCUUGGCCCUCCACGUGAGAUAUCCAGCUCUGGUCAUGGGGUAGCUGCUUCGGGGUAUUUCCCACCUAGGAAUCACGGGCCGGGGACGCGCUGUGUGUCAACUCUCCCCUUUGUUCCUUGCGUCUCUCCCUCCCCCUGGCACCAGAGCAACACGCACCGUCUAAAGUGCUGGGCGCGGCAGGCCAGCUGCAGGACAGGGGAUGCGCCGGGGCUCCUCACGGCCAGCCAGCGCGUCAUUUUGCGGGCGUAGUGCAGCUCGUACGGCACCCGCUCGCCCUCGGCCCCGACCCGCGCCUCGGCCGUCCUUGGGUCGAGCGCGUGGGCCUCGUCGAUGAGCAACAUGGCGGCGCCAUAGUUAGCGGGCAGUUCUGGUAGCGUUGCCAUUGGUCUUGUGUAGUUUUCUGCCGGACGUGUCCUAGGCAGAUGCCUAGGUAGCUAGGUGGUUCGGUAGGCUGGCGGGUGUUGGAUAGUGGCGGGUGUUGUGUUUGUUCCAGCUCCCAAAUCCGAAAACCCGUCAAUCUCUCCCUCACCUUUGUCACCGGACGAACGAGAUUUAUGAGUCAGCAAAUCACAUUGUGACAUGUGAUUGGUCGUGUCUAGAACCUACUACACCCAGGCGCUUUGUCUGUUUUUAUAUUGGCACAACCGUGUAUUUCCACUCUUGUCUUUGAGCUUCUGUUUCUAUGCAACGGCUUUGAUGUAUGUGUCUAGGACAAGACGGACAUUAGCUAGAUACUAGCCUAACUGGUUGUAUAUGUGCUGUUGUCGCUACUGAAGUUAAUUGAUCUAUCUUGCCAUCACCAGGUCUCUUCCGAGACACAGUCACCGAUAUGGAGCACUCCAAGUUUGCCGUGCGAGCAAUCGUGGACCUUUUCCCGGCGUGACCUUCCUCUCACAUUGCGCUCAGAGAAUUCUCCCGACUUCCGUCUUUGCCGUGCUCUUUUGAACACUCACCCUUCUGCAUCCUGCACAAACAUCUGGUGCCCUCUCUACCUUCUUUGGCAUGCUUUCUCUCUUCUGGCGCAUAUCUACUACCAACCAGGAAGACGAGCCCUUCAUUUGCCAAUAGCACAUCCCCGAACGACGCGAAUCCAGGAUCCUGGCAGCCAUGGGCGCCGGAAAGAACGGAGCCGGGUACAAGCUCCAUCUGACCAACGCCUUCAUUCCGGGCAGCCCGCUGGUGGUUGCGACGUCGUCGUUGUCGCCACGCCCGUUGGCACCUGCCGAAACCCCGGGCAGCAUGGUCGCCAACGAUUCUGGGAGCAGCGAGACGGACGAGACCGACACCACCGACUCCAGCGGCGACGUCACCGACUCGGCCGGGCAGGUCGAGUGUCUCAGGAAGGCCGGCAAGAAGCUGGCAGGAACGCACAGCAGGGGAGGGCAGAAGGAGCCCGUCUGCUGCAAGAAGAAGGCAGCGGGCGCGCUCAAGGCCUCGGCCGACGAGACCGAUGCCGGCUACAAAGCCGACUGCAACGAGGACUCUGAAGCCUCGACCUCGCAGGACGAGACCACAGAGACCGAGUCGAGUGGCGAGGAGGUCUCUUCGAGCGAAGCUGCUGCCGAUGCCGCUGUCGAAUCCGCCGCAGACCCAUCAACCGAGGACGCUUCCACCGAUGAUGCGAGCAAGGAAGAUUCGUCGACCGAGGCGGUUGUCCAAGGCGAGCAGUCCGCCGGCGACGACGACUCAACCAAUGAGGACGCCACGACCACUGAGGGGGCCACCGAUAGUCAGCCCGAGGCACCACCUGCUGCGGAACCCACCCAGGCCCCGGCCCCAUCGGCCGCCGCCCCGGGCGACUGGACCCCGUCUCAGGACGCGGCCCUGCGCGCCAUGAAGGAGGGCGGCGAGACGUGGGCCGUCAUCGCGUCCGCCACCGGCCAGGGCAAGAACGCCUGCAAGGCUCGCUGGAAGCAGCUGAACGGCGGCGGCGGCGGCGGUGAGAAGAAGCCCCAUUCGCCAAAGGAGGCGGCCAAGAGCGCCGACACCAACAACAAAGACGGCGAGAAGGAACCGGCGGGCGAGGCGGCAGAAACCGACGACGAGAGCCCCUUCCCGCCACCCCCAGAAGAAGAAGAGGACAGCAACGUGGCGCCGGCCAACAACACGACGGCCAACGAGGCCGACAAUGACACCACGACCACGGCAGCAGCGGCGGCGGCGGGAUCCGAAAGCAAGAAGAGCAAAAAGGCCAAGAAGAAGGCCAAGCUCGAGCCCGAGGUCAAGAAGAAGAUGGAGAAGAACAGCAAGAAGAGGCACCACAAGACGCAGCAGCAACAAGAGCCCGAGAACGCCAAGCUCGGCCACGAGGUCGUCCUCGUCCAGACCGCCGACGAGGCCGACUCGGAGCCGUCGGCGGCACCACCACCUCCUCCCGCCCGCCGCGGCGGCGGCGACGACAGGGUCCGCAACUGGCUCGCCGUGCACGCGCCUCGAUAUCCGCCACCGCAUCAGCAGCAGCGACACCACCAGCAGCAGCAGCAGUGGCAACAGUCCUGGUCCGCACAGGACCGCGCGGUGCUCGAGGUCCUGGAGCGCAAGCGCCGCGUCGAGCGCUGGCUGGAGCUGCAGGCCGGCUUCUACAACGCCACCGGCCGCAUGGUGUCUGCCGAGGUGCUCAGGGCUCAGGUCGAGGAGCUGGAGCGCGCCGGCCAGAUGUAAGUGGGCAAUUGCGGGUUUUUUGUAUGUUUUUCUUUCCCGUCUCUUUUGCGCACUGCUUGCGCAGCCACGACGUUUUCACAUUGCUGGGUUUAUGGGGGGCCAUUCCCCGACAAGUGAGCAUGCGAGAUUUGUGACAUGUCGUUCUUCACUUGUCUGCCGGGCCUUGUCCGUCCAUUCUGAUCUAACUUCGUUGGCUUGCCGAUUCCCACCCGUGUUUCGCUUUCAUUUUGUAUUUCGCCUUGAUUCUGUAUCGCUAUGGAACUAUCCCAUGCAUAUUACCCUUGCCUUCGUG